CUCAACUCAACUCUCACUCUGCUGCUGCUUCUCAGAGUGUCUGCUUGGUGUGUGUUUGUGUGUGAGGUAGAAAAUGGCGGAGGCGAUUUCUCAGGAGGAAGAGUCUUUCACAUGUCCAGUGUGUCUGGAUCUCCUGAAGGAUCCAGUGGCUAUUCCCUGUGGACAUAAUUUCUGUAUGAGGUGCAUUAAGGGCUGCUGGGAUCAGGAGGAUCAGAAAGGAGUCUACAGCUGCCCCCUGUGCAAACACACCUUCACUCCCAGACCUGUCCUCUACAAAAACCCUCUGAUUGCUGAAAUGGUGGAGAAAUUUGGGAAGAUCAGAAUCCCGGCUGCCCCUCCUGCUUUAUCUACUGCUGGAGCUGGAGAUGUGGAGUGUGAUGUCUGCACUGGGAGAAAACUCAAAGCUGUGAAGUCCUGUUUGGAUUGUCUGUUGUCUUACUGUGAAACUCACUUCAAAGCUCACAAUGAACUUAAUCCAAGAAAACACUCAGUGAUUGAUGCCACAGGCCAGCUACGGGAGAGGAUCUGUUCUGAACAUCAGAAAGUUUUAGAAAUAUUUUGUCGUACUGAUCAGAUUUGUAUCUGCUAUCUGUGUACGAUGGACGAACAUAAAGGCCAUGACACAGUCACAGCUGCUGCAGAAUGGAAAAACAAACAGAAGCACUUGGGGCAGACCCAGGGGAGAUUCCAGCAGAGAAUCCAGGAGAGAGAGAAGGAGCUGCAGGAGCUGAGGAAGGCUGUGGAGACUCUCAAGAGCUCUGCACAGACAGCAGUGGAGGACAGUGAGAGGAUGUUCACUGAGAUGAUCCGCUCCAUUGAGAGAAGGCGCUCUGAGGUGACAGAGCUGAUCAGAGCUCAGGAGAAGGCUGAGGUGAGUCGGGCUGAAGGACUCCUGAAGAGACUGGAGCAGGAGAUUGCUGAGCUGAAGAGGAGAGAUGCUGAACUGGAGCAGCUUUCACACACGGAGGAUCACAUCCAUUUCCUCAAGAAUGUUGUGUCAGUCACUGCUGCUCCUUGCAGUACAGUUUCAACCAGCAUGACCUUCAACCAAAGUUUCUCUUUUGAGGCUGUGAAGAAAUCUGUCUCUGCAGUGAAGGUGCAGUUAGAGAAGAAACUGGAAGGCAUCUUCAAGCAGGAAGUAGCCAAGAUAUCUGCAGCAGUGGCACAUAUUGAGAUCCUCCAGUCUUCAGAAUACUCCUGUCACUUCACACUGGAUCCAAACACAGCACACAGAAACCUCCAUCUGUCUGAGGGGAACAGGAGGGUGGAGUGGAUAGCUGAGCUCCAGUCAUAUCCUGAUCAUCCAGAGAGAUUUGAGUGUCAUCAGGUGCUGUGUAGAGAGGGUGUGUCUGGAUGCUGCUACUGGGAGGUGGAGUGGAGUGGACAGUGGGCUUAUAUAGCAGUCUCAUAUAAAAGCAUCAGCAGGAAAGGAGCGGGUGCUGAGUGUGGGUUUGGAUGGAAUGAUCAGUCCUGGAGUCUGGAACGCUACAGCUCCAGCUCCAGGUCCAGCUCUUUUUUCUGGCACAACAGUAAAGGGACUAAACUCCCUCUAGUGGCCAGCUCCAGAAUAGGAGUGCAUGUGGAUCACAGGGCAGGAACACUGUCCUUCUACAGCAUCUCUGACACAAUGACCCUCCUGCACAAAGUCCACACCACAUUCACUCACACACUCUACCCUGGGUUUUGCAUAGGCCCUGGAUCAUCAGUGAAGCUGUUGUGACCCACACUGUAUACAGCAGGACAGAAAUGUAAAGACCCCAGAUACAGAUAGCUGCUGACCAGAUAUUAGAUCAGACACGUGUCUGGUGGUGGGGCAUUACGUGAUGUUGACUAGAAUAGUUACGAGAUUGUACUCAGGAGAUUAAAAAAGGUGUUUGAUGUGUGAUGAAAUGUAAACUUUAUUGCAACAUGACUCUUAUAUGGCUGUCCCAAAACAAGUUUGUAAAAUCACCAUAUGUAUGGGAUCUUAUCAGCCUAGAAAUCUAGACGUACCCUAGCGGGAACAUUUUUUUUUUGCUUAGCGGGAUGGUCUAGGGUCGCACCGUUAAGGCCAAGCUUGCAUUCGAUACCAGGCCAGCCUAUCCAAUCAGAACACUCUAUCUGUGUAUGGAGUCCUUGAGCCCGCCUAAGCUCACCUUCGGCUUCCGAUAUUGACGCCAGGGGGCUUGACCAUGCGUCCUCGUUCGACGAGUUGGGUGUGAGACCGUGUUGCAACAACCAUAGAGAACAACGAAAGAUGGAUGAGGCUAACGAAGCGUGCUCGUUUGAAUCGGCUUUGGAAGAGUUAGACUUGGGCUUUUCUUUGAAGGUUGAGCAGAAAACACUCUAGUCAUUCGUUUUAAAGAAGGAUGUAUUUGCCGUUUUGCUGACCGGCAAUGAUUGGUCAUAAGUGCUGGCCUAUUACGUGCAGAGUAGUUUGAAAGACACCGUUUCA